AGAUUCAUACGUUUGCCCAUCAUCAUAGCUAAAUAUUCACAGGCCUUUUAUGGCUGACGGUCAUUUGCAAUCUGUAUUAAGAUUGCAGUCAAGUAUUUUCUUCUGCUAGUGUGCUCACGUUGGUGUUAAAAGACCCCGCUAAUCGUACAGAAAAACUUCUGCUGUUCGUGCCGAAAUUUCGGCAUACGUAGCCACGGCCAAUUUAAAACUGGUGAGGGAAUUGUCAAGGAAAACCUAACAGAGGCAGCUUUGACAAUGGCCGGGUUGGUUCGUCUUCGCACUCUGCAAGGCUUAAACAGAGGCCUUAGCUUGAUAUCAAAGAAUCAGAGUCUCUGUCGGACUAUUAGUACGUCGUCGAAAAAAAAUAUCACCGAACUAACAGACUGCCAAUCCCAUGGACCCCCACCAAGUAAAAAGAAUUGGGUGAGCUGGGGAUAUGAUAAGACCGACAAGAAAAUUGAUCGUCAUUACAUACAUGAAUCUAUGUUUGUAUCCGUUACGCUCUGUAUAGUUUUCGGUUUUUAUUACAUGAUGUAUUUACCAAACACGAGAAUGCAAGAUUGGGCACAACGGGAAGCUUACCUUGAACUUCGACGCAGAGAAGAACUUGGUCUUCCUCCAAUCGACAAAGACUAUUUCGACCCUGCGAACUUUUCCCUUCCAACCGACGAAGAAUUGGAAGACACUCCGAUCAUUAUUUAAAAAUAAACUCAUUGCGCAUUGACUGCAAGUGGUAGUGUUUUAAAUAGGGGCCCGAACUACACUAUAUUGCUGUUCUAAACAAGUUCUUCAUAGUUUCGAUCAGGUUCCUGGUUUAUUAAAUUUAAUUAAAUAAAUAUUAUAAUAUCGAGGCGAUUAAAUUAUGUGAUUCAAGAAAUACAGUAUAACUUUUCGGCUGACAUUUGGGCAGGUUUCUUUUUAAUGUACAUACUCUUAAAAAUCACGAACUUACUGUAUAACUUAAUAAUGUUGCCCUUUAGGAAAAAAAUGUUGAUAAAAAUUGGGUACUUUGCAUUAAAAUGUACAGAAAAAAUGCUCGUCACAUGCAUUUUUUCUGCUAAUUUAGUAAGAAAAUGGAGAAGAUGAAGUGAUUCGAGUAAAACACGAAAAAUAUAUGUAUAAUAAAUUAAAAA